UCGUGUGUCUGAUCUGAAGAGAAUCUGAACAGAAUGAUGUCAUUGGGUGUUCUGCUGGUGCUCCUGUUAUUUAAGCAUGUUACUGCAGACAUCUCAGGUACGGUGGUUACCAGUUGUGAGGCGUGCCAUGACCAAGCCACCUGCCUAGACUCAGCUGUGGAACGUGAGAGGGGUGAUGCUUUUCAAACCCGGUCCGUCACCUGCACCUGUCAAGAAGGCUCUGUUGGCGACGGCAUCACCUGCUACGACCUCCAGCUCUGCUCUGGCGGCUCCUGCUGUCGUCAAGGUUACCGCUGGUCCUCGGAGCUGGGUUGUGUGGACGUUGACGAGUGUUCCCUCCACGACCAACCCUGCACCCCUCCUCAGGUCUGUGAGAACACCCCCGGAUCCUUCGACUGCCUCGUGCCUCCUGAAGACGACCUCCGCACCAGUCCUCGUUCUGACUCCCGUUCAGUGCAGUUUCAGUGUGGGGGGAGACGGUGUCCAGUGGGAGAGGACUGUAUCAGUGUUGGUGGAACAUCCCUCUGUGCAGACCCCUGCCAGUUCUACACUGUACUGAAUGAUGCCUGGCGGUCCACCACCAACAACGGUGCAGUUAAUGGCUACCACUGUGACAGGUCUGUCAACUGGCAGGGCUGGUAUCGCCUGUUCCUGGGGAACACCAGUGUUCAGAUGCCAGAGAGGUGUGUGGACAGGUACAUGUGUGGGACUGAGAUCCCCUUGUGGCUUCCAUUACCUCAUCCCCAGCUGGGAGACGGAGUGGUUCAGAGGAGCGUCUGUGGACCCUAUUAUGGUGACUGCUGCUACUGGAGACAAAACCCCAUCCAUGUCAAAGCCUGCUAUGGAAACUACUAUAUCUACAAGUUUGUCCCUACAACAAGUUGCAACAUGGCCUACUGUGCAGACGUCAACACCACUGUGUGUGCUAGCUGUGGAGUAUUUGAUGCCUGUGUAAGCGACAAUGAGACCAACUGGAGAUGUGAGAGGAAAGCUCCAGAGCUGGUGUGUGGGCGGAGCCUCCUAAAGGUGGGCCUUCCAAAUGAUUAUCUGGAGGCUGCUGGUCUGGAUGCUUCCUCUGCUCACCUGACCGACCACCGCUGCUCCGCCCAUGAGCAUCGUAACGGCACGGUGUGGUACCAGGUGGAGCGUAGGGAGGGACGCUGUGGCAACACUCUGGAGACAAACGACACCCAUGCUGUCUACUCCAACAGCUUAUUUGUUUAUCCAGUAGAUGGGCGAAAUGACUCCCGACCCUUCAGCUUUCCCUUCUCCUGUGUCUAUCCUCUGGAGACAGAAAGCAGCCUAGAUAUGGCCAUCAGACCUCUCCCACUAACUGAUCAUAAAGUUGUCAGAGUCGGUGCCAAAGCCAGAGCCUCCAUGUCUUUGUAUCGUGACUCCAACUACACAGAGCCUUACCCAGCUGGUCAGCCAGUCACCCUGAUUGUGGGUUCCUCCCUGCACGUGGGCGUGUCCGUAGAGGAGUCAGAGGCAGAACGUUUUGUUGUUGUUCUGGAGGACUGCUACACCACGGAAUCCCCCAACCCGGAUAACCUCCUGCGGACCUACAUGAUUCAGGACAGGUGUCCUACAAAUCGUACCCAGGUGACAGUGGAGGAAAGUGGCUCGUCCCUCAGGGCUCGCUUCUCUGCUCUACUGCAGGGGGACUACCGUUAUAUCUUCCUGCACUGCAGCCUCAGCCUGUGUGACCAGAGGAGCUCCUCCUGCACUCCGGUGUGCUCCGGGAGGAGAUCCCGCUCUGUGUCCAAGUCCAUCCGCCUCAAGCCCCUCACCAUCGGGCCAAUCACCUGGGCCCAGAGUCUGGAGUGAGCCUUGGGAACCCCCCAGCAUGUCUUAUGAAGGAUGGGGUCCCUCCUCCACUACUCCCCUGAUCUCCAUCCAGACCUACAGCCCAGUGUAACCAAUUCUAUUUCAAGGGCACCAAAUUACUUUUAUUGAUUCUAGUGAUGAAUGUAUGCACUACAGUGUGAUUUCACUGUACUGUGUAUGUUGUAUACACAUAGACUUGCAUUGUUUUUGAGGACUGAUCAUUUCCUCAAUCAUUGUGUAAGUGCCAACCAAACCUGAGUUGCUGUGUGUGUAUGCUGUGAUUUAAUUAUGACAAUAAAUAACUCUGCAUGAUGA